UAUUCUUUGACCCCCACCCCCCGGGUGAUGCCACUCACCGAGACAUAGAAAGUCCAUCUCUGAAACUUGACCCCGAUUAUCGUAGGGGAUAGAUAUCACGAAAACCGCUCUCCGACACCACUAGAACCUGUUCCCCAUAUCCAUAUAACGAACAUGCAGAGAGACCUCCAAGAUUCACGUCCACUCCCAUCUACCAACAACAACGCGAACCGGAAAGUCAUAACAAAGAAAGUUGUCCCAAACCCUCUGAACCCGAAAGUGCUAGAGGCAGUAAAGGCCAGGGAAGAAGAGCUCAAAAAUGAUCCCCAUGCCCGACACAUCGAUGCACAUAACGUGCAGUGCCUCCUCUGCGACAGGAUUAUCAAGUUAAGCAGCAAGAGCUUAUUCGAUUUGUCCCAUUGGAAGGAGCAUCGAUCAAGAAAGCAUGGUAUCCGCAUUGGCAACGUCAAAAAGCCGCAUACAACUAGGAUUUUAGUCGAAGAAACGAACGAGAGGGUGAAAUCACGGAAGCCUAGUAGUACUCCUAGUGAUCACAAUAAGAAGUCUGUUCAAAACCAGCUCAUCACAGCCCAACUACACAAAUACCCCUCGCCCUCUGGCUCAGAUACUAGCUCACAGUCCUCUGGAGACGCCCCACGUCGUUCCACGCGUUCCCACAAGUCCUCACAUCGUUUCAAUCCCUUGGCUCCGGUCUUGAACGACGCCAGUCAUUCUAGCUCUCGACGGCGGUCCUUGCGACACCACUCUUCCGCCCAAGGCUGCUCACAGAUAGAAGUGACCCCCCCUUCGGCCCGCCGCUCCAGGUCCGAUCGUGCAGAGUCGUCACCUCUAAGCUCUGUUCCUAGAUCAUUUGCGUCUUCGACCUCGUCCCUCACUUCUCUGUCUUCGUCAGACAUCUCUCCUUCAUCGAUUGGAGAGGACCCUGUUAACCCACUUCCCGUGCUCCCUGAACUAACACUUCCAUCUGAAAUCAUGGAAUACCUCAGUUUUGCGCGAUGCCCUCCCCAAAUCUACAGGACCACAUCUGCGACCGAUCCUGUUCGAUCCUUUCCGUGUUGGAGGGAUUGGUCGUGGUCAAUGUUGAAUUUGCCCCGGUGGUCUACGUGUGAGGACGAAGAUGAGGAAGGCGAACAUAAGCCUCAUAGGCCCCUCAGCUCUCCUAGAGGCGAUACCAAGAGCGCGGCCGUCCCUGAAUGUACCAUGGACGAGGGUGACCCACACUUGAGAUCCACCGGUGUGGGAUACAUGUUUUUCGAUCACGACGCCUCAUCUUCUCCCCUCGAAUAUUUUUAA